UACCUACUGCUCUGAUUCGCACCCCAGAAAAACAGCUUCCCUGUACAGGGAAGUGCUUUCACAUCUUUCUCAGCUCCUUGAAUGCUGUUUUGUCUGACAAAGAAACCAAAUGUUAGAGUAGUACAGAGUGAGCGAGAAUCAGAGAGGCAAGCCUAUGUGACUCCGAUCCCCUCUAGGCUGAUAUAAUUCCCUUUUUGCCGUUGAUUGUUUACACUGCACGCAAAGUUCGGGGACAGGACUAUAAAACAAGUCCUCGGGCCCAAUUAAAUUAGAUCGACAUCAAUUAUGGCACUUCGUAUGCCAGUGGCUGACUCACAGCGGUGUCAUCCUGAGGACAAGGAGCACACGAGGGUGGCAGGCUAAUGCGUUUAAGGCAGGCGCAAUUAAAAGGAGCGAGCUUCCCGAUAACGACAGGCUUAGAGUUGCUCAGAAGGGAUUAGAGAGCAGAGCUGCCUGUCUCAAAAUGCUGCGGCUUAUCUUCCUGCUCUUGUCUGCAAGCUAAUGAAUGGACAACGUGCCAUUCUGAGUGAGCAGGGCCUCGUUAACUGCACACAGUGCUGCUGAGUGUGCUCUCUGCCGGGGCUCAGACUGAAAUGAAGAAGGUUGUCGGGGACAACGCGACGCUGCCGUGCCAUCACCAGUUCCGGCAGUCAAACGGACAGACGCUGGACAUCGAGUGGAUCCUACAGAAACCCAGCUUCAAACAGCGUGUGAUCAUCACGUUUUUCAACAACGAGGUCUACACCAACGAUAACCAGGCGAGCCGCCUGUCCUUCGCCGGCGACUACUUGAACGGAGACGCCUCUCUUCUGAUCAACGAUCUGCAGCUGAGCGACUCUGGCGAGUACCACUGCAAAGUGAAGACAGGGGGGAAGUACCUUUGGACCCAGGUCAAUCUCGUGGUCCUGGUGAAGCCGUCUAAGCCGCAAUGUCGGAUGGACGGACACUUGCUCGAGGGCAGCGAUGUGAAACUGAGCUGUAAGUCUUCCGACGGCUCCGACCCCAUCUACUAUAAGUGGGAGAGAGUUCUGGACCAGGGCAAAAGUGUGGGAAAGCUGCCGGAGUUCGCUCUCAUCGAUCUGAAGAACCCUGAGAUUGUGACGCUGAGGAACCUCAGUCAGGAGAGCUCGGGCGUGUACAGGUGCACGGCCAGCAACGACGUGGGAGAGGAGAACUGUAUCAUCGAAGUUACUAUGCAGUAUGUACGAGGUGUAGGCGUGGUGGCCGGUGCUGUGGUCGGUGUGUCCUUCGGUGUCCUCAUCAUCAUCCUCAUCAUCUGGCUGGUCUUCCGCAAGAAAGAGAAGAAGAAGUACGAGGAGGAGGAGACACCCAAUGAGAUCAGGGAGGAUGCGGAGGCUCCCAAAGCCAAGCUUGUUAAACCCAACUCGCUGUCAUCCUCUCGCUCGGGCAGCUCUCGCUCCGGUGCCUCGUCCACCCAGUCCAUGGUGCACAGCACCGCUCCGCGUAGCCAGCGACCCCGGCCCCCGGCCAUCUGCGCCCUCAAGGAGAACGGUCAACCCCCUGAGUUCCUGCAGUCCUCCCCAGAACCGCCCACCACCCCCAAAUUCAGGCUGCCUAAUCCACCGGUGGGCCUAGCCGUGCCCACCAUGGGGGUCCUGAUGCCACCGCAGAGCAAAGCCUUUCAGACUGUGUAGGGGAAAGAAAAAGAUCCAGCAACAUCCCUGGACAGGAAACACACAUUGACUCGUCCAACCACAGAUAUGUCAGCUAAUGCAACUACCGUGUAAAAAAAAAACAAAAAAAAAAAAACAAGCAUAUGAAGAAGAGUUAAUACUAUAAAAAUGAAAUCUAAACGAAUGCAUACAUGAAAAAUUUUAAGUGCUUGCCCGCUGCUGAACACAGACAAAAACAUAUCCCUGUCACUCCCUAUUGCUCUUUCUCUGUCUCUUCAUCUUGCGCUCUCUGCCUGUCUGAAGAUUCCUUAUGUUAUUUUUAUCAUUUCAUUGUUUCUUUUUUUUUUACUUUGGAGGCAUAUUGAGCGACGAGGUGGAAAGAUUUGCCCCAAGUGACGCUUUAUUUAUUUAUUGAAAGUGAAUGGGCAGAGAAAGCCAGGGUAAACUGAGGUUAUGAAAAACCAGGGAUGACGGGACAAGUGAAAAGAAAGAAAACAACAGACGACGCUCGUCUCGUAGAAACGACUGGAAGGAUCGUCACUCGGAUGAGAGAAGAGACUCGAUCAAAAUCCUGCUCAUUCCCAGAAUGCAGUGCAGGCAGAUGGAUAUUCGAAAUGGCACCUUUUGACGUUAGAAGCAUUUCCAGUGACCACACGUACAAUCCAGCACGUAAAGCCGUGGAUCUCACAUACUGUACAUUAACGAAAAGGAUGAUGAGAUUUGGUCAUAAUAUUAGGCAUUUAUUCAGUUACAGCUCACUAUUUACAUGUUUAACUAACAACACUGUGGGACAAAUUCACCUAUUUCACUUGUAGUGUAUGUAUGGUGUCCUGCGAUGGACUGGCAUCCCAUCCACGGGCCUCGCUCCCAGGCUCUCGAUCCACCAUGACCCUGACCAGGAUACUGAAUAUCGAUGAAUGAAUGAUUUUUUUUUUAUACAUCUUUACACAUACGCAACCUCAUUGUUUUGCAGGUUUACACAUGUGGACGAUGUUAGCCACAAUUGCUAUCCACAGGUGUCCUGUACUCAUGCUCACGCCACACUUUUUUUUUUUUUUUUUACUCUCAUUGCUUUAUUUAGCAUUAUUUACAAAGUUACCGUUAUGGGAAAUCUGGAAAAUCUGAGUGGAAUAUUCCUGAAUGUUUGUUUAACCAAUGUAGCCAUUCCUUGUACGUAUUUUAUUUCCUUCCUAGAAUAUCCAACGGUACUAUUCUAGCACUUGUGGCACAAAUAACUGAAUAUAACCUCACUGUUGUGGAUAAGAGACCGCAGUGGCAGGAACUUAUCUACAGCACCGGUGUGCAUCAAGGUUCUCCUUUAGGACCUUUAAAAAUGUGCUAUAACAGGACAGCUGCCUCUUUGUAUCAGCAACUCGUCAGUUUAUUUGGACAGCACUGCCACAGGGCCGGUCAUUAUCCUCAUCCCAGAGUCCCUCAGAACCACAUAAGGUGCAUUUGAACACACAAGUAGCCUAUUUUGUGUGCCUUUGAGAUUUUCUUUAUCGAACCAAUGACCCAAAAUUCAACCUUUUUGAAACACCGGCCCUGUGCAGGCUGGACGAUGAGGACAGGAUAACGAGGCUGGACAAUAAGGCCGUCAUUUUCAUCUAGAAAUAGUGUACAGUACAUACAAUGUUUUAUAUUGUACAUAUGAAUAGAUAUAUACACAAUAUCCUUUACGUUAUUGGGCGGUGGUCAAGAUAAAAAUGUCAUCGAUACUGUAAAUGAAUACUAAAGCAUUUUUAAGGACUAUUAGGAGAUCAGUCUACUCUGGGAGUUAACUACAACUAGUCUCCUUGUUAUAAAUAGCAGCUUCUCUGCCCUCUCACUGUCUGUACAGACUCAUUAAAAUCCAUAUCGAUCGUUCAUCUGCACAUUUCGAAUCAGCCUAAUUCGGUUUUCCAGUUCCAUUAAGUUUGUAGUGCUUUUAACAAUAGAUAUCAUCGCAAAGCGGCUCUACAGAAAGGUAUCUAAUGAGCAAGCCAGAGGCGACAGUGGCAAAAAUAAAUAAAUAAAUCCAGAUAAGGGUGAAGAAGAAAUGUUGAGAGGAAACAGACUCGAAAAGGAACCAGUCCUCUUCUGGGUGACACUGGAUAGUGUGAUUAUAAAUCAUUUUUACUGAGCAGAACACAUUUUGU